UGUUGGCCAGCCUCUAGGGCGCGGACGGGCGGGACCAAGCAGGCCCCGCCCCAGAGUAGGCCCCGCCCACCGACCGGCAGCUCGCCGCCGCCGCCAGGGGUCGCUGCGCGCCGCAGGAGCGAGGGCUGGUCUUUCUGCCCCUCCCCUCGCUGCUCCGCCCGCGGAGCGGUGUCGGCGCCAAAAUCAAACCCGCCCGAGCCGGCCCCGCCCCUCGCCGCGUGCCGGCGCCGCCACCGGAAGACGAGCCGCCGGCGCCAUGUCGAAGAAAAAAGGACUAAGUGCAGAGGAAAAGAGAACCCGCAUGAUGGAAAUAUUUUUUGAGACGAAAGAUGUAUUUCAACUAAAAGAUAUGGAGAAGAUUGCUCCCAAAGAAAAAGGCAUUACUGCUAUGUCAGUAAAAGAAGUCCUUCAAAGCUUGGUUGAUGAUGGUAUGGUUGACUGUGAGAGAAUUGGAACAUCUAAUUAUUAUUGGGCUUUCCCAAGUAAAGCUCUUCACGCCAGGAAACGUAAGUUGGAGGUUCUGGAUUCUCAGUUAUCUGAGGGAAACCAAAAGUAUGCAAACCUACAGAAAAGCAUCCAGAAAGCUAAAAUCGGCAGACAUGAAACAGAAGAGCGAACUAUGCUGGCAAAAGAGCUUUCUUCUCUUCGAGACCAAAGGGAACAGCUAAAGGCUGAAGUAGAAAAAUACAGAGAAUGUGACCCACAAGUUGUGGAAGAAAUACGUCAAGCAAAUCAGGUGGCCAAAGAAGCUGCUAACAGAUGGACUGGAGUUCUUGACAAGAGAAAAAAAGAAGCUCUUUUGUUUUGUACUCAAGAAGACUAUUCAUGAAGAACUCUACAUGCUCUACAAAGACUAUAAGUAAUGUAAGAUAGAGCUGAGUUUUAUAGAAAAGAAGGGGAAGGGUAAUGGCUUUGAGGACUUUUUAAAUUGCUUUUUCAAUGGGUUUUCAGAAAUGGAUUCUAAGUAAUUUUUUAUUGAAACAAUUUGUAAAAAAAAAAAUGUGCUGGGACUCUAUUAUCAAAAACAGAUUUGUAAAAAUUAACUGCCUUUUAGCUGAAAUUUAUUAAUUAGAAAGAAAAUUUGUAAUUAAUGCUCAGGUAUCUUUAGGUUAAAGAUUAGCUUUUAAAGGUUAAAUGCCAAAUGCUUUCUGAAAACCUCCCUAAAAUGUGCCUCACCGAUGUGGAGACUGGGUUUGAUGCAGGAAGGGCGGGUUACUUUGCACGCCCUCACCUGGAAGGCAUUGUGUUUCUCAUAGCAUUUGGAAAAGUAACUACGGGAACUUUUUGCACAUUUAAAUUGAGCAGAUAUGUCAUUUUUUCCUGUCCAGUUGUGGUUGUUACCGUGUUUAGGUCAACUUACUUUUGACUUACAUGCGUUUCCUGUGUUGUGUGAGCUCUGGGGACCCACACCUGACUGAGUUUAACUUUCUUAUUAGCAAGUUUCCAUCAGAGCAGAUUUGGUUUGAUUCUGAGGUCAACUGGAACAAAUACUUUGCUUUUAAGGACGCUAAUAAAAUCAGUUUAUAUUU